CUCUCUCUCUCUCUCUCUCUCGCUGCUUCCGAUCUUUCAUGCCGCUCCGAAAUCUCUGUAGUUCUCCCGAUUCGCCCAUCUUUAUCUUUUAUUGGCAACCAUUUUCUUCCCCUCCUCUCUUGUCCACGAGCAGUGGCCGACGCCGACCAAAAAGAAGCAGAACAACCGGAUAAGGGUUAGUUGGAUUCCCCUGCAUUCUCGAAUUUCCUUUUCCUUGUCUAUUUCGUGGCGUUUCGUACGAGGAGUUUGGAUUUGGUUGUAGGCACCCACUCAAGGCCCUUCCUUUUCCCCCAAAUCGUCUUCUUUCGUUGUUCCCCUUCCCAGCAAGGACUCCGUCGGCCGGGUCGCAGGCGGUAGCUGGAGGAAGACAAAAAAAAAAGAGGACCUUAGCUGGUUUGAUGCAGGAAAGAUAGGGUUUUUCGUGCGUUCUUUGUCCUUUUUUCCGCGGAUGAAGAUGGUUGCGGGAUGGCAGAGGUGAUGAAAGUGUAAAUGAGCACAGAUAUCUGCUCAAAAAAUGAAAGAAUGUGAUUUUUGGAAUAGUAUUGCUGAUUGCCCAUGAGAUUUUUGUUUUACUGAAUGAACCUUGCUCCUUUGGAAGAAAAUGGUCGUUAGAAUCCUUUAACAAUCCCAUUAAGAUGGAAGAUGAUGCGUCGUGCUUCUUGUGAUUAGCAUCUUAUCGUUGUGGCUUCGAUGGGCGGUAUAGACUUGUUCAAGCAAGUGUGCGUAUGGGUCCAAUUCCAGAAGCAAGACUUUGUGAGUGGCCGAGUUGCUGCAAGCCACGCCGUGGAGAAACUUACGACUCUGAUCGACCGCCACUGGCCUUUGGUUUACAGCUGGUGCACAAUUGUGGCGAUGUUUCUUUUUAGGUUGCUGUUGCGUUGGAGGGAUUGUGUCGCGAGAGGCUUGAGGUCCCUCUUUACCUUCGGUACAACAGCGCUAUUCGUCAUUUUGUGGAGUUGCUUCGUUUGCUUGACUUCGAUGACUUCUAUUGUCUAUGCGAUUCUAUCUCUGGGGGCUGCUGCCACGUUCAUACACUAUUUGGGUUUCACACCUGGACUAUCUAUUAUUGGGCCUUGUGGCAUUUUGAUUAUGUGGAUUUAUGGCUACUUUUGGUUAAUAGCAAUGCUACUAAUAGCUGGAGGUUACGUAAUCUCCCUUAAUCAUGCACGUUACUUGAUAUUGACUGCGAUUGGAUAUGCAGUUUACUGUGUCAAUGCUUAUGUUGGAUUGCAUGGAAUUUUUGUAGCAUUAAAUCUCUCUUUUAUUUCCCAUGAUAUAUUAAAUAACUUGCUUCAAAGAUGUGAUUGUACUGAUGAAGGCACACAUGUUAAAGAGCAAAAGGAGUCAAAACAGGUCAUGGAAGACUUUUCUGUUGACAGUGAAUAUUCCCCUCCGACUAAAGAAGCUGAAGAUGCAGUGUAUUCUAAAUCAUUUUGCACGACAACCAAGGCAUCAAAUCUUUCAAAUACAAAGAAGGAUGCUUCCUCUAGCAAGGUUGUCAUAAUGGAGCCGAUUUCGUUGGUUGAGAUGGAAAGGAUAAUGAACAGCUCAAACCAUUAUGAAGUUCUGGGCCUUCUUAGGAAUAAGAGUGUUGACCAUAAUAUAUUGAAGAAGGAGUACCAUAAAAAGGUCUUACUUGUACAUCCUGACAAAAAUAUGGGAAGUCAAUUAGCUUGUGAAUCAUUUAAAAAGCUUCAGUGUGCAUAUGAGGUUCUUUCAGAUUUGACAAAGAAGAAAAACUAUGAUGAGCAAUUGAGCAAGGAAGAACAUGGGAGAGAGUGUCAGAGGUCUUCUGUUACAUCUCAGCAGGGAGGGGCAGAGUUCCAUCCUGAAGAAUCUAGGUGCAUUCAGUGCACAAAGUGUGGAAAUUCUCAUAUAUGGAUAUGCACCAACAGAAGUAAAUCCAGGGCAAGGUGGUGUCAGGAUUGCUCCCAAUAUCAUCAAGCCAAAGAUGGAGAUGGGUGGGUAGAAAGUGGCUGCCAACCAGUUGUUAUGACACUUCAGAAGUUGGAAAUCCCACGAGCUUUUGUCUGUGCAGAGAGCAAAGUAUUUGAUGUGUCCGAGUGGGCAAUUUGUCAGGGAAUGACAUGUAGGCCCAACACUCAUGGGCCAAGCUUUCAUGUGAACAUGGUCGCUUUUGAUAGCACAGGGCUGCGAUCCAAUUCCUCUACAUAUUCUUGGGGAUUGGAUGCUAAGAUGGCUGUUGAGGAUGGCGAGUUUGAGCUGUGGCUUCAGGAGGCUUUGGCAUCUGGCAUCUUCUCUGAGACACCAAAGCGUAGAAAAAGCUGGCCAUUCAAGAUUAACCAGAAAGGCAUGAAACCAUGGCGAAGAUCACCAUGAACAAAGAUAAUUAGGUCACAAGAGGUUUCUUUGGAAAACCAGAAGAGAAAAGAAACAAGAAAUUCGGUUGUGGCGCUAUUUGGAUUUGCUGAUAUUUGAAUCCAGAUGAACAAUUCAUGGUCUUUGUUGUUUGAUUUAAAUGCGUAAAAAGAUGGACGGAUAUUUGUGUGUUCUGCAGUUGUGGCCCUGCAGAAGAACUAAACAAGAAGAGAUUCCUCCAUGUUUACCAGAACAAUUAGGAGGAAAAAAAGAACCACGACAUGAUCAUCCGGGAAGAAAUUAAAGAGGUGUAUUAGGUUAUUAGUAGUAUCUUCUCAUAUUUUGUACUCAAAAGUACAAAACCAAUCAAGGAUUAGGCAAACUUGUAAAGAAAUGCUGGUGAUUAGUACAUUAAACACUAUUUAUGUAACAUUUGUAGCAAAUAUCUGCCUUUGCAGCUACAUUUUAUGGUUCUUUUGCAUCUGAACAUAGAA